GAAGAGGAAAUAAGAUAAAAGAAAGGAUGCGCAGCUGGCCUGAAAGAUCGACGUCAGGGCUGAAAAAGAAAAAAAAGGAAUCUUGGUUGUCACGGCAACGUUGUGUAUGAACGAGCGCGUGCCAAAUGACCGUGAAAAUAGUAUAAGUUAUAAGUAGGAGUACCUUUAGCUAACUUGUCUUCACUGGAAAACAAUGGGAAGGGUGAAACAGCGAGCUAUUUCAGUCAAAGAAGGCCUGAAGUACUAAAGCCGAGAGCGAUGUCAAGUCAUAACCUGCCACCGGUGCGCCAUUUGCCACACUGGACCAGAGUAGGGCGGCUAGAGAAGCCUUGCUCGCUACGACGCUUACCGGCUAACCCUGAACAGCGGCUCCCACUACCUGUUAUCAAGCCAGCGGGCAGAGCAGCGGCAGAGACGUCCUGUCAGAGCGGCAGCACAGACCUCCGGGUCGCAUCACUGCAAAGAAACGUCCAGUUCCUACAAGAACAGCACAACGAAACACUGAAGAAGCUCCACGCAGAGAUAGAGAACCUCAGACGGGAGAAUAAAGAGUUGAAGUAUAAGCUGAUAAUGGAGCCUCCUAAGUCAAGUAGAAAAGGAGUUGCACACAGUCGACAAAACUGUAGACCACCCACUCAGGGCAGUCAAGCCCAUACUGGACUGUACGUGGAGGAGCCACUGCAGGACACGAGACUCUUGCAGGACCAGGCUCUCAGCAUUGGAGCAAGCACUGAAAUUCUGGAUUCAGCCAGGCAGGACCAUGGCACGGAGGCCAAUGGGCGCCUCAUCACUUCACUGCAGCCUCUCCGAAUUCAUAGCAGUUCCUCCCAGCCCCCACGGGCCCCCACACUACAGGAGUGUGAGGUCAUCAUCCGACAGCUAUAUAAUGCUAACAGCUUACAGUCUCAGGAGAUCGUGCAUGUGAAAGCACUGCUCAAAGACAUCGUUUCAAACAAGAAAAUCACCCCAGAAAACUACAUCAUGGCUAACGCCUACAUUUCAGAUGGAACUCGCGGGUCUUUAGAAGAAAACAAAUUACCAAAACUUGGCCUUCAGUCAUUCCCAGAAAAACAGUGUGGAACAUCUCAGUCUGGGGUUGUCUUCCCUGCCCUCAAACAGAGCCUUGGCUACAACAUUGCAGAUAGACAGAAGAGGUGCCGUGCUGUGCAGAGAGACCGUUUGAGAAGGGCUGUUCAGUGACAGGAACACAAAUACCAGAGUAUAUUUCUGUGGUAUAUAAUGAAAUAAAGCAUUUCUGAUUGA